UCCCCGCUGCGUUAAAGGGGCCGCCGACAAGCCUGUGUGAUUGGGGCCGGUGAAGAAGGUGGCUGCAAGGGAAGCUGCCUCGGUGGCCAGCGUCGGACGAGGCGGCCAGCAGGCCCUCGGCCCCGUCCUGGUCUUGUUGCCAUGGCUACCUUUAGCCGCCAGGACUUCUUUCAGCAGUUGGUGCAGGGCUGCGUGGUCCCCACUGCCCAGCAGGGCCUGGACCAGCUGUGGCUCCUGCUGGCUGUCUGCCUGACCUGCCGCCUCCUUUGGAGACUUGGGUUACCCCCCGCCGUGAAGCAUGCCAGCACGGUGGCGGGCGGCUUCUUCAGCCUGUAUCACUUCUUCCAACGACACAUGGUGUGGGUGGUGCUCCUCAGCCUCCUGUGCUACCUGGUCCUCUUCCUUUGCCGUCACUCCUCUCACCGUGGCGUCUUUCUGUCGGUCACCAUCCUCAUCUACCUGCUUAUGGGGGAGAUGCACAUGGUGGAUACGGUUACCUGGCACAAGAUGAGGGGGGCCCAGAUGAUUGUCGCCAUGAAAGCCGUGUCCCUGGGCUUUGACCUGGAUCGGGGCGAGCUGGGCGCGGUGCCCUCGCCCGUGGAGUUCAUGGGCUACCUCUACUUCGUGGGUACUAUCGUCUUCGGGCCCUGGCUCCACUUCCGCAGUUACCUCCACGCCGUCGAGGGCCGACCGCUGAGCUUCACGUGGCUGGGCAAGGUGGCGGGGAGCCUGUCCCGGGCCCUCCUGUGCCUGGUGGUCUCAACCUGCGUGGGCCCCUACCUCUUCCCUUACUUCAUCCCACUGUAUGGGGACCGGCUGCUGCGCAGCAAGAAACGCCAAGCAAGGGGUGCUGUGGCCAGGUGGCUGCGUGCCUACGAGAGCGCCAUCUCCUUCCACUUCAGUAACUACUUCGUGGGCUUCCUGUCGGAAGGCACGACGACACUGGCCGGGGCGGGCUUCACGGAGGAGAAGGAGCACUUGCGGUGGGACCUUACUGUGUCAAGGCCCCUGAAUGUGGAGCUGCCCCGGUCCAUGGUGGAGGUUGUCACCAGCUGGAACCUGCCCAUGUCACACUGGCUCAAUUCCUAUGUUUUUAAGAACUCCCUGCGUUUGGGCAAGCUCUCGGCUCUCCUGGUGACUUAUGCGGCCAGUGCCCUCCUGCAUGGCUUCAGUUUCCACUUGGGGGCCGUGCUGCUCACCCUGGCCUUCAUCACGUAUGUGGAACACGUGCUCCGGAAGCGGCUAGCAACCAUCUUCAACGCUUGUGUGCUCUCUAAGCGCUGCCCUCCAGACUGUGCACACCGACACCGCACGGGUCUGGGCGUGCAAGCACUGAACCUGUUCUUCAGGGCCCUAGCUGUCUUUCACUUGGCCUACCUGGGCUCCCUCUUUGACGUCGACACUGACGACGCUACCGAGGAGCAGGGCUACGGCAUGUCCCACACCGUCCGCAAGUGGUCUGAGCUCGGCUGGGCCAGUCAUUGGCUGACUUUCAGCUGCUGGAUCUUCUAUCGCCUCAUCAGCUGAGGGCCUCUCCCACCUCUCCUUCUCUUUCUUCCCUCUUGUGGGUCCUCAACACCUGACCUAGGCAUAAGGUGGAGUCUUGGCCACUGCGGCCCCCCUCCCCCAAAGGGGCUCUGGGGAUUCGGGGGGGAAGGGCUCAUUGGCGGGCAGGACCCCGAGACCAUGUCUUCCACCCUUACAUUCUGCUAGAAAAUUCCCUUUUUAUAAAUGGUUUGUUAUUGUCAGAUAAAACUAGGUAAGGCACACGUGCCCUGGCUGUGUGUGUGAGCUCUUUCCCUAACUCGGAGCCCUCCCAGCAAUCAAGAGGCAGGAGACGGUGGGCCAAUGGAAUUCCUAGGGCCUUUUAUUGGCGCCUUGCUCCAGUCUCCCAGGAGGGGAGCUGGGACCCUGGCCUAGCCCACUUGUUCAUGCUUUUGCCCUGAAAGGGCUCCCAGAUGCCCAACUCAGGUGCCCAGUGUUCUUUGAGGAUGCAGGCCUCUCAUCAAGACAAGCAGAUUGGGGGGGGGGGGUCCUGGAGCAGCACUCGGGGCUUCCUGCAGGCUGUUCCAGAAGGAACAAAGGGAUCAGGAAGGGACAACCACUGGAGACAGCUGGAUGAUGUCCAGGGCUUGGGUGGAAAGGGGGGAAAUCAAACUAAGAAGGGCCGUGAAAUUAGCCUGGAAAUCAACAGAGAGAGCCCCUUACUGACUCCAGCUGUGAUCUAAUGGGCGGCUCGGCACAUGGGGGACAAGAGCAUCCCACAUGUGACUGAGGUGGGUGGGGGGGGGAUGGUGGAAAAGGGAAGGUUGGCUGUACGCUGGGGGCCACUUAACGGCCUAGAAAGGAGAUGCAAACUCUGACCUGUGGAGCAGAGAUAGGACAGCAGGAAGAGUGUGUCCCAACCCUGAUCCUUAUUUUCCAAGUGAGGAAACUGAGGGCAGUGCCUAGAGAAGGGCCUCCCAGGUAGUCAGCCAGGAGACUCCCCCAGAUCCUGUGGCCUAUUCAAUGGGAACCUCCUGCUGCUGCUUUCCAGUCGGAACCCUUCCCCCAAUCCCCUUCUCAUGGGCCACAGCCACUUCUUCCUGUGCGGCCCUGUCUCCAUUACAGACUCACUUUUCCAAAGCCCAGGUCCAACCCAGUUCUUCCUCAGCUUGGACAGCUCCCUGUGGUCUAGAGGAACAAAUCAAGCCCCACUGACUGAAGUCAGUUCCCUCUCAGCUGGCAGCUCUCCCCGACAGCCCCUGGUCUGGAUCCUAAUAGUCCUGACCACGUUCUCCCAGAAGGUGUGCUCAGGUGCCCCUGCUCUCCUGCGCUGACAAGACCAUUAAGUCGCAGAGGGUCAGGGCUGGAUUUGAUGCCCUUCGGUCUACAAAUGCCAGGAUCUGCCCACAAAGGAUUAUGGGUUCUAGAGCCAGACUACACCUAUGAAGAAGGGAAAAUUGGAUGGGCCUCAAAGGAAGGUUGCGCUCUGGGAAGAGAGAAGCUAGCCAUAGAGGGAAGCAGGCGGGAAACAGUAUAGACCUGGGAAAAUCAUUCUUUAGGAGGGAGCCAAUUGGCAAGGAGGAUGAUUAGACUGGAGGUAGGAGAGUCAGACCCUCUGUUCUCCCAGUUACUCUCAACCCAGGAUGUCUCCGCAGCCCCACUCCCCCCUGCUGGAUUUGGGGCUGCUCCCAAGCUUGGCACCUGUGACAUUAGGGAAGAGAAGCUGAAGCAGAGUCAGGCUCCGUAAGGUGCGAGAGGACAGUGGAGGAAGUGAUCAGGAAGGGCCGAAGCCUUCACCUACCAGAGUGUUGCCUCUUGUCCUUACCUUUGCAACAGGGCUCCCUCCAGGCUUCAGGCUGAGGAGACAGUGGUGGGCUGGGAUCAUCCUCACUCCCUGAAGGCCUGGACUUCAGGCCGGUGGCAAGACCAAGAGAUGAAGAUCUCUUCAGGGGUGGGCCAGGGGAAAUUUUCAAGGCUAUUCUGAAGGCAUCCUAUUCAAAAGGAGCCCAGCAUGGAUGUCCAUGUCUCUGACAUGUAGCUCAGUGACCACAGGGAAAGAGAUGGUUGGAGACAGGCAGGGGCCGAGACCCAUGGGGGAAAGGUCAAAAGCCGGAAUAUGGGACCAAAAUGACAAAGGUGCAAGGUAAGAGAGAAGCGGCCUUUGCUGAAGCCGAAGGGAAUGGCUUGCCAGGAACUCCUAGCCCCAAGCUAUGCUCUGGCCUUGGGCACCUUCUAGGUCCCCGGCAUAUAGAAUCAGGUCGGCUGGGAAUGCUUUCCGGGGCAGUGGUCACCUGGGAGGGAUGGAUGGGGCCCACGGGUUCCCUUCCAGUAGCAUCUACCUGGAGCUGGACAAUACCAGGUAAGCAGGCCGUGGCCAUGAUACGGCCCGGCCCAGGAACACAAGCUGGCCCAGGCCGGUAAUCUUAAUGAAAGUUAGUGGGGAAAGGGCUUUCCAGAUGCCAGCUUCCUCUUCCCGGAUCCCUAGGGCUCCAACACAACCGGGAUGCACAGAGGCAGGCAAAAGCAGACACAAAGGCAGCUGGAUCCAGCCUUACCCUGGUUUCUGGUUCAGGCUCCUGGGGGUAGUGAAGCAUCCAAAGCCCAGCUCAUCCCUGUCAGGUAGCUCUGGGGGAGUCAAUGGGGUACCAUUUCCUGGGCGUCCCCACCCCACCCCAGAAUCAUAAAGUCGCCAGAAAAAUCCCCCCUCCUUCCUGAGAUGCUCUAGCCCCGGGAUGGAUACACAGAUGCACAGAUACUGUCCCAUCCGGCCCGCGGACCUGGGGGAAGCGAGAGCUUCUUCCCCAGCCGGAAGGUGCUGCGGGCCCGCCAGCCGGUACACACAUCCCUUAGGUCCCGGACGGUGCGGCCCGUUAGUAGGGAAGAAACAACGUGGCCUGGAGUCCCGCCCCCGGCCCUGCCUACCUCCCCUCCUCCCCGGGUGUUGAGAGGAAAACGAAGGGGCAGGGAACCGCCUGAAAGCGCAGGCGCCCAAGCCCCAAUUUGCCGACGUGCGAUCCGCGCAGGUGCGCGUGCACUACCCUCUGGGACUUGUAGUCCCUUCCAUUUCUCCUUCCGCCAAGCGUAGCUGCCCAGUACCCUGAGAUGGAGCUAAGGCAUGUAGGAAAACACCAGAUGCCGUCUCUCGCUUGACUAGGCAUCGGCGGCUGGAGCGGAGAAGACCCGCUCCCCUUCUUUUUGCCUUCUGGCCAAUUUGCCAAGUGGACAUGACUCUUCUCUAAGGGGCGGGGCGGUUGGGAGUUAGGAAUGAGGGAGAGUUUGGGAAGGAGGUUCGGAUUGGUCCGAUAGCGCCAUCACCGCUCAGGAGCUGCGAGCAUGCUCCUCGGCCUAGGCCUUAGCCCUGUCGCAUAAACCCCGAAACCGGGUCCAGAAUGUCUCGACCUGGGAGCAGAUGGCAGCUACUUCCGGGCAGAGGGCCUGGGCCUGCUCCCCCUCCGGCCUCAGCCCUGACCCGACGUGGAGCCUCGCCCCCUCCGGGAACACCAUGGGUUCAAGAACCAGGCUGGACUGGAAACCGGGCUUAGGUCGCGGCCGGGGCCUAAAGCUACGGAGCCGGAGAGCCAGCGAGGGCCACUCCAGCCUAGCGCCCCGGGCCCAGCCUUUCUCUUGGAACCUUGCGCAAAUAGUGAGGGUCCUACAGUCGGAGUGGCCGCCAGGUUCCCCCAAAGCGGCCCUGCUGGGCCAGGCCCUAGAGCAGCUUGUGGAGGCAGAGGCUGGGCGGCAGGAGUGGGAACGGGAAAACAAGGCCAAAUCUGCCGCCCUGGCCCAGUUCCUCUUGCGCCUGUGGGGCAGCUCCCAUCUUGAGCCUGAAGUCAACAUGGAGGAGCCGCCGGCACUUGAUCCCAAGACCCAGGCCCAGGCCCAGGAUGAGACAGCCGAAUCCAACCAGGCACUACUCAGGUCCCUGAUAAGCCGGCUCUUGGCCAAGAUAUCAGAGGCCCAAAUGGCUUCCACCCUGGUCCGGGGGGAACCGUGGCCUCUGCAACGCCGUCGCCUGCGCCGGGAUCUAGGGCCGGGUCCCGCUUCCAAGCCACAGGGGACCGCACCUCUCCACCUGAGCCGCCUGGAGGCCUUGGGAGCCAAGGGCAGGGCUCAGGGCCGUCGGGGGCUGCCACUUGCUCCCACCCACUACUGGCCAGAAUAACAGGGUCUCCAUUCCUCUAAGGCUUCUGGCUUCCCCCCUCUCUUCUCGUCACGCAUGUUCUCCCCUCCCCCUCCCCCUUCCCACCUCAGCAUCCGAGCUUAAUAAAGCAAGCAAAGCAGA